AUCUGUCAAAAUAUUUAUCUUCCACGGCAAAAGUGUGAAAGAAAAAUAAAAAAAUUAUUUUUUUCUGACUCCAGUUUUUCAUUUGUUCAUUAUCUCGGAUUACUCAAUAUUCCAAGGACUAUAAAGAGAAGAACUAUAAAUACACGUAUAUCAGUGUUAUAAACGGAUACACAUAUUGUUAUUUCCGACAAGAGAAAAUACCAAUCGAUUAGUAGUAGACCUUUCGGUAUUUGUCUCCGGCUGCUACUAUUUAAUUUUGAUCAUCACGUCAGUUGAACGUAACCUCACAUAUUGGCACGAAGCGAAGUAGUGGAUGUUUUCGCGCAAAUUUCUACUACUGUUCGUAUAAUAAGAAACAACGAGGAUUACUAGCUUUGUCGCAUUAUUUUUGUACUCGAUUGUAUAUUCACUAGAUUUCAUCAAACCAAACAAACAUCUACGUCAUCACAUCACGAAAAAAAAGAUUUUAAUUAGAAAUGAACCAUAAAACAAGUACUGCGACUGGCAGAUUAAAGCAAGAUUACUUAAGACUCAAGAAAGAUCCUGUACCAUAUGUACAAGCAGAGCCAAUUCCAUCUAAUAUUUUAGAAUGGCAUUAUGUUAUUAAAGGACCAGAAAACACUCCAUAUGAAGGGGGUUUCUAUCAUGGCAAAUUAGUUUUUCCAGUGGAGUUUCCAUUCCAACCACCUAGUAUUUAUAUGACAACGCCAAAUGGUAGAUUUAAAGUUAACACAAAACUAUGUCUUUCAAUCUCAGAUUAUCAUCCUGAUACAUGGAAUCCAGCAUGGAGUGUUUCAACUAUUCUUAUUGGCUUACUUAGUUUCAUGAUUGAAUCAAGUUCAGCAUUAGGAGCAAUUAAUACUCCAGACUAUGAAAAAAAAAUUUAUGCAGCUCAAAGUUUAGAAUAUAAUUUAAAAGAUAAAUGGUUUUGUGAAUUGUUUCCAGAUACUGUGGUAACAAUAAAAAAGGAGUUAGAACGUAGAAAGGAACUCGAAAAGCAGGCAAGGCAUCGGUCCACAACAUCGGAUGGUUCAUCUUUGAUUCGAGAUGAGCAACAAAUGGAUCAAAGUUCACUUCAGAGUGUACUUACGAAUUUUGCCAUGAUCAUUGGUUUAGCUAUUUUCGCCUUUGCUGUUAAAUACGUUCUCAGGAGUAUUGCAACUCAAGAGUACAUUAAACAAUAGGCAAAGCAAGCACAUGAAAGUGUUGUAUGCUUUGUUAAGUACUAUUAUCAAAAAAGAAAAAGGAUUAAAAUUAAUUAUAAGUACAACCUAAAAACUAUCAAAUGAACAACAUUCUUGAUGACAGGAAAAUGAUUUUGAGGUUUUGACUUCAGCUCUCUUUCUAGUGCGUAACGUUAACAAUGAAAUCGUUACUUUAGAUUUUGAUAUUAAUGAAUAGCACAGGGUUUGAAUUGAUUAAAUCGAAAUACGCCGAGGCUUAGUUCCUACUCUAACAUCAGUUUAUUAACAAAAUUUUAUUCUUCCCUUUUUUUGUGCUUUAACGUUCGAAUUUUUACAAUUCUUGACAUUUGUGAAUUAAAGAAAAAGUAAGAAAUAUCACGAUGGUGCUUCUUUUUACACGCAGUUUUCUACGUUCAAAAAUAAAAAUUUUUUAGCGCACAUUAUUAAGAAUGCAUCAAGUAUACAAUAAAAUAUAGAUAAUUCCAUCAAUUAUUUCAAGAAGGAAAAAACUUAAUUGAAAAUUUUGGUGGACAGAUAUAUACAAAUCGUCAUCUAAUUUUGUAAAUAAUUGUAGUUAAAAGAUUUAUUUCUUCCAAAGCGUUUUACCGA